AUCGCCUUCCUUCAUGCACUCAUGCAGCAAUCUGUAUGUCAUCUCAUCAAUCCAUCGAGAGUCACGUCAGGGCCACGAAAAAGAAGGAAACGUCCCACACAACAUCCCUCAACCGCCCCUAGCUAGCCUCGGCAGCUCCUUUCUCGCGCGCUGAGCCUCGAGCGCCCCGGGCUCCUUCUUGGACGCCACGACCAUGUACUGUGUCUGCGCGUGACGUCGCCUCAGCUGAAGGAUAUCCACGCCACUCUGCUGCACGAUUCUCUCUACAGGCCGGUUGUAGAAACACCCGUCUUUUCUGAACCGCUGCUUCAUCGACAGGCUGAGCCAGGUGUUGAUCAGGGCAGAACUCCCACAGCCGUGCUCGAGAAGCAAGAGCUUUCCGCCCGAUUUCACGACUCUCGCCAUCUCGCGGACGGCCUCGAUGGGGUCCUCCGCCUUGCAGAGGCCGAACGCACAAACGACGCAGUCGAAGCUGUCAUCGGGGAAGGGCAGCAUCCCUGCAGCAUCGCACUGGCAAGUUUCCACCCUCAAGCCCUCCAGCACCUGCCGGCUCCUCUCCCUAGCAAUCUGCAGCACCUCCCCGUCCACAUCGGUCAGCACCAGCUCCUCGAUGCUGGCCUUGUCGUAGUGAGGGAAGUUCUCGCCCUUCCCCACACACACCUCCAGCACCCGGCCAGUCGCCUGUCCACACAGCUCCCCUCUCCACUGGUCGAGGCCUAUCGACUGCAUCAAGGUAAGUGGGGCGGCGGCGUCUAUGGCGGCGACGGCAGGAGGGAUGAACCUGGAGAGGCCCCUUGGCUGCUGUGACGAUGAUUGGCUGAUGCGGGCCUUCCUCUGUUCCUCUCGGAUGUCUUGACGGAUGGCCUUCUCCUCCCGCUGCCAAUCGGCGUAUGGCUUUUUCCACGCGAGAGCCACACCUGCACCAGGCACACACAAACACACACACACACACACAUAGCAAACGCAACCAUGGAGCAGACAGAUCGUACGAUGACCAUCCGGUGCUCAUCUGCCUGACUGCCUGGUUACCUGCGCCGGCCACGGAUGCGAAGGCGAUGGCCCGUGUGACAGAGAUCGGCAUCGCCUCACAUGAAUGGCAGGGCGACGGGGCAUCGGUUCUUCAUUGCUGCGAAGAGGGCGGUCCCUAAGAGGUGCC